GAGACAAGUGGAGUAUUGUGUUUUGCAUUGAAUAUUUUGUGUUGUGAAGUUAAUUUCGGGGUCGUUGCUGUUAGACCUGGUGGAUAUAGCAAUGUCAAACAGUAGUAAGGAAGAUGGAGAACAACCAACAACGCUACAAGAGGCAAUCAAUAUGAUUAAAUUUAUCAAAAUGGCACAUAAACAAGAAAUUGCUAAAAUUAGGGAUUCAAGCAUUAAACAAGCAGAUAUAAUAAAGAAAUUAGAAUUAAAUAGAAAAAAAGAACUCGAAUAUCUAUCUUGUGAACUCCAAAAAUAUGAAUUAAACCUUGCUCUAAGAACAGAAGCCGUUAAGAAACAACUUGCACAGAAAGAUGACAUAAUUCUGAAACAACAAGAAAUAAUUGAAGAGUUAAAUAAAAAGUUAAAACUAAAAGAAGAUUAUGUAGUCCCUGAAAUAACAAUACAAGUUGAGUCGAAUUCUGAUUCAGGUGUUGCUAUGGAAAAUGAUGACUUACAUAAUUCACAUAAAUCUGAACAAAUCAAAACUGAGGCGAAAACAACUAGGAAAUAUAGCAGACGAUUCGCAGAUCCCAUUAGCUUUCUACGAAGGGUCGACUUUUCUCCCAUGAAGUAUAAGCCAAGUAAUCGGGAAGGUGCAAAAAAGAAGGAAGAGAAAAAGAAAAUAUUAGAAGCUCCAUGUAAAGAAGCUAUAGUCAAUAUGACGCAAUAUAUCAACGAAAAAGCUACAAGUGAUGAUGACAGGCCCUCUGAGGAUACUUUAUUCUCAGAUGAGACAAUCGAACCAGUCAUAUUAAGGCCUAAGAAAAUGAAUGAUAGUAUGAACAAUCAUUUUUCUGAUGAUGGAAGUGAAGAUACCAGUGAAGAAAUAUUUGACAGAGUCAUGACCAGAAGUAGUAUCAGAAGAUCUGUUAAAGCAAAUCCUAAGUAUAAAAAAAUUAGUAGAACAAAAUCAAAAAUGUUAGAGCAUGUUAAAGUAAAUAUUUUAGAUUAGGGUUUUUCUG